AUGCAGAGUAACUCAAACAAUCAUCUGUAACAACGAGCAGAGAGCUACAAAAUUCGCCCCCCGGCGCGGAGGAAUACACUCAACCGUAGAGCGGUGGUUCGCCUCGCUUGCCCGCCUUCAGCUUGCUCCAUUCAGUGGCAUCCGUCCAUUUCCUUGUAGCUGUUCUGCUAGCAGGAGAACCGACCCGACACACACAGACAUGGCUGACCAACUUACAGAAGAACAGAUCGCUGAGUUCAAGGAGGCCUUCUCCUUGUUUGAUAAGGACGGAGAUGGCACCAUCACAACUAAGGAGCUGGGGACGGUCAUGAGGUCACUUGGUCAAAACCCAACUGAAGCAGAACUCCAAGAUAUGAUCAACGAGGUGGACGCCGAUGGCAACGGGACCAUCGACUUCCCAGAGUUCCUAACAAUGAUGGCGCGAAAGAUGAAGGAUACGGAUAGCGAGGAAGAAAUCAGGGAGGCGUUCAGAGUUUUUGAUAAAGACGGCAACGGUUACAUCAGCGCGGCAGAACUGCGUCAUGUAAUGACAAACUUGGGAGAAAAGCUCACGGACGAGGAGGUAGAUGAGAUGAUAAGGGAAGCUGACAUCGACGGAGAUGGGCAGGUGAACUACGAAGAGUUUGUUCAGAUGAUGACCGCCAAAUGAACCGAGCUCACAACCAGUCAAACGUUUCACUUACCUCUUAUUGCAAAAAUCUACAUUUAUUCAUGCUGUUCUGUAUAGACAAUUUAAACUGAAUGUUGGAAAACUGGAAAUCUGUCCAUAUAAACAAGCUCAAAAAAGGUAAAAGACAAAAUUAAUCUGCAUGUUCUGGCUUGUACACACACACACACACACACACACACACACACACCGUGCUGAGCUGCCCAAUCAGAUGUUGACUUGUCAGGCAAACGGCCUCCAAGCAGCUGGUUCCAUCCGCCUGAUAUCCUGAUGAUUUGGGCUGUUCUACUGCAUUUCUUUUAUUCUAUUCCCGUUUUUGUUUGUUUUCCUGUUCUUCAUGCAUGCGGCGUUCCAUGAGUUACCGUUGAGAUCCCAAGUAUGUGGGCUCAUGUUCUUCUGGGACCCAGAAGGGACGGGUCAGAGGGAUGGGAGUGAGCAGACCAGCAGCACGUUUGUUCGCUUGGCGAUGACUGAUAUUUUUAAGAAAGAUCAAAUGGAAUCAAGUGGAUUUAGAUUGUGUUUUUAGCAUGUCAGGUUAAUCGUUUCAAUCCUUUGUGUGUUUACCUUUUUUGAGGGCAACGAGCUCUUUUUGGCGGCAAUGUCUUAGAUCGUCGGGGGACCUAACGGACGAUUGUGUGCAAGCGCGGUUUCUGAGGCGAUAUCUGCAUCAACCACCAGUACGAGUCUUCGUUUGGGAGUAAACUUGGUUUUUCCUCUAACGCGGGGACAAGGUAUCGCCUCAGAGCUGUGCGUGUAUGAAUAAGGGGGGUGUGGGUUUCAGUUUUAAGGGGGACGGGGUCGGCGCUUUGCAGCAUUUGUGUUUGUGUGGGUUUGCCUGUGUGCGUGUGGAUGCAGCGAGGCCCGGCCCGGUCCAGUUCAGCUGUUCUAUUUGGUUCAGUUGAUCUGCAUUCCAAGUUGUACAUGCUAGUCUUUACAUUUUGUUUUUCCAAUAAAAUAUCAUUAACUAAGA